AUGGUCCAUUUGGUUCCGCUGCCCAAACUCCCAUCCGCUAAGGAGAUAGGGGAGAUUCUGGCCCGUGAGGUCUUCCGCCUCCAUGGUCUUCUGACGGACAUAGUCUCCGACAGAGGUCCUCAGUUCGUGGCGCGUUACUGGAAGGAGUUCUGUGCCAUGCUGGGGAUCUCUGUUAGCCUGUCGUCGGGUUUCCACCCCCAGACAGAUGGGCAGACAGAGAGGGCCAAUCAGGAGCCACCGGUGUUCACCAUCCAGGAGAGGGAUUCAAAGGUUCCAUCAGGCCGAUUGUCAGCUAUGAGGUGCCAGCGAGCCUGGAGGAGAACUCGAAGAGCUAUUAGGAACUCAUUGGAUAGUCAAUCCAAGGCUGCUAACCACCACAGGGUUCCGGCACCUGAAUAUCGGGAGGGUCAAAAGGUGUGGCUGUCCACCAAGGAUUUGCCUCUGAGGGUGGAGAGCAGGAAACUGGCACCUCGGUUCAUCGGGCCGUUCCCCAUUGCUAAGGUGCAUAAGAAGGACAUCACAGGUCCCCUGGUGGACAUCCUGCAGUUGGCUUACCAGGCAAACAGGUUGGAGGAUGAUGCAGUCAUCUUGGGUCUACUCUUCAUCCUGGACCACCUCGAGCAGCCAGGGAUAGCAACGCCCUGCCAGCUGCAGCUCUGCAGGUGCACGGUGCGCCCCUCCCCCCCUCCCGCUCCCGCCCCCUCCCUCCCGCUCUCCCCUCCACACGGCGCGACGGGACCGCAGCAGCAGCAGAGAGUUACAGGAGUUUCAAGAAGCGGGAGCUGUCCGACUCGACACCAGCAGCUGAUAGGAGCUUUGAACCACCAAAAGUCUCAGCAGCUCAAGGUGGAUUUACCCCCAGAGGAGACGACCACUACCACCAUUAACAUAAACCAGCUGAUAGACAUGGACCUGCUCAUUUCGAAGAAUAAGAAGCGUGAGGGCCAAACCCUCCAUGAAAAGUCAAAAGAUCAGGAGGAUGGAGAGGAGACAGACGAGCCAGAGGAGGAAAUGGACCAGUGCCCUUCAGACCCAGAUGUUCCUCCACUGAAGAGAACUGAGAGUGUCUUUCUUACAAAGAAAAUGCUUGGGAUCUCUGAAUAUAAAUCAAUGACAAGCAGUGAAAAAAGUGAGGAUGAGUAUGUGCCUAGUUCUACACCAGAAUCAGAAGUAUCUGAGAAAGAACUCAAACUGCUCAAGUCUCCAACAAACUACAGUUCAUCAAACUCGGAUGUUCGACGCUUGAACAAAGGUCGUGUGAAGCCUGUGAAAUGCAGACAGAGCACAUCUUCCUCUUUCCAAUCCAUGGCAGAUUGUGAGUUAUCCGAAUCCUCCAGUGACACGGAUGUAAAAGUCUUGAGGCUAAAAAAGAAAAAAAAUGGUGGUCGAGUCUACGAUAAGAGGCAGUACUGUCUGUACUGUUUUAAACCAUAUGCCAAAAUUGCACGGCACUUGGAUAAGAAACACAGCAACUUGGAGGAGGUAGCACGAGCAUUCAGUUAUCCAAAAGGAUCAGUGGAGAGAAAGCUGCAGAUAACUCUAAUUCGAAAUAAAGGCAAUCGUCGCCACAACUUUGAGGUCCUGGAGGAGGGUAAAGGGGUGAUGGUUCCCUCUCAACAAAGCACUGAACCAGUGAAUGCAAAAGACUAUUUGCACUGCACAUACUGUGAGGCAUUACUCAAAAGGAAAGUGUUGUGGCGGCACAUGAAAAAAUGCAAAUUGGCAAAGAAAAGCAUGAAGCCAGGCAGAACCAGAGUGCAGUCACUUUGUGCUGCUGGACAGCCUGUCCCAAAGGAGAUCAAUGACAAAGUCUGGUGCCUAGUAAAUGGCAUGAAUCAAGACAACAUAACAGACACAAUUCGGCAAGAAAAAUAUAUUCUGAAGUUAGGAGAACACUUCUAUAACAAAAAAGGGACAGACAAAAGCCAACACCAAUAUAUCAGACAAAAAAUGCGGGAAAUGGGAAGAUUAGUUCUCCUAGCAAAGACCCAUGGCAAGCUGAAAACAAUACAUGACUUCUUUCUGCCAGCAAACUUCUGCCACGUUGUGAAAGCUGUGAAGAUGGUCUGUGGAUGGAGUGAAGAUACCAGCAGUUUCAAGAUUCCAUCCUUGGCGCUCAAACUAGGCCAUAGUCUAACUAAAAUAGCAGAUAUUGCAGAGUUUGAAGCAAGGAUGUCAGAGAACAAGAAGGCCCUUGAAAAUGUGAUGACGUUCAGGACAUUGAAAGAGAAUAAAUGGGAUGAGUGGGUGUCUUCGCAUGCACUGAGGAACCUCAGAGAGUCGAAGUGGAAUAAACCUCUUCUUAUCCCCUACUGUGAAGAUGUUGUGAGACUGCACAACCACAUUGACACAGAAAGGCCCAAGUAUCGAUCCAAUCUUGAAACUGCACCAAAUAAGAGGAACUGGUUAAAUCUUGCUAAACUAACACUUUGUGAAGUGAUCGUCUUCAAUCGUAGGAGAGAGGGAGAAGUUUCAAAGAUGUCCUUGAAUGACUUCAUGUUGAGAAACACCUUUGCCAGUAAUCCAGAUCUUGAUCUUGCCUUGACUGACAUGGAAAAGAAGCUCUGCAAAUACUUUGAGCGUGUGGAAAUCAAAGGUAAGCGGGACAGAAAGGUCCCUGUCUUACUCAGCCCAGACAUGGUGUCCUCCAUACAGAUGCUGGUGAGAUAUCGACGACAAUGUGAUGUGCCAGAUGAGAAUGUGUAUUUGUUUGGUAGACCUGAGGCAGAAAGUCACCUCAGAGGAUCUGAUGCCAUCCGUGCUAUUGCAUGUGAAUGCGGGGUGAAGGACCCUCAAACGUUGACAUCAACAAGAUUAAGGAAACAAAUGGCAACAAUGUCACAAGUUCUAAACUUGAAAGAGAAUGAGGAGGACUGCCUUGCAGGUUUCAUGGGUCACAACAUCAGGGUCCAUCGACAAUAUUAUCGGCUCCCUGAAGGGACAUUACAAGUUGCGAAAGUUGCAAAGUUGCUUAUGGCCUGUGGAAGAGGAGAGCUAUCAAAAUUUAAAGGCCUGACAUUGGACGAGAUCAACGUUGAUCCAAAUGGUAAAACCUCACCUUGCACACACUAUUUUAUCAUUUAA